AGGGGGGGGGGGGAGGCAGACGGCAGACGCUCUGGGAGCGACGAGAGAGAUUUCGUAGUCACCAACCAGUCAGUUCCACCUCAGACGCUCCCACCGGCGCGCAAGUCCACAGACACUCCGGCCGCAUCAUGAAGCUGCAAUUUGAAGGCCUUAUGGCCCCAGUUUUCACCGCUUUUUCCGCCGAUGGGCAACGAGUUAAUCUAGCCGUAAUCAAGCACUAUGCCAAGUUUCUGGCAGAGAACGGCAUUCUCGGCGUACUCGUGAAUGGUACGUCCGGGGAGGGCAUGUCCAUGACGCUGGAGGAGAGAAAGGCGACCACCGAGGCCUGGAUCGACGCCUCCAAGAGCAACGGCAUCCACGUGCAGGUGCAGGUGGGCGGCACCAACAUGCCCGACGUCCUGGAGCUGACGAGACAUGCUGAGAGCAAGGGUGCCCACUCCAUCCUGUGCCUCCCGGAGCUCUUCAACAGGCCAGCCAACGCGGCCGAGCUCAUCGAGUACCUCGGCGCUGUGGGCGCCGCCGCCCCCAAGACCCCUCUGCUCUACUACCACAACCCCGGCUACACCUCCGUCAACUUGGACGUGCCUUCCUUCAUGACGUCCGCCGCCCGCGCCAUCCCGACGUUCGCCGGCAUCAAGUUCACCGACACCAACCUGGAGAUGGGCAUCAAGUGCGUGCGCCAGGACGGCGGCGCGCACAGCGUGUUCCUGGGCUGCGACUACGUCCUGGCCGGGGCCUUCGCCCUGGGCUUCUCGUCGAGCAUCGCGACCUGCCUCAACCUCCUGCCCAGGCUGUGCAACCGCAUUCUGCAGGCGGUGCAGAAGGGCAGCGUCCUGGAGGCGAGGGAGGCGCAGGACACCCUGAACAAGGCGGCCCAGGCCAUCACCAAGAACGGCAAGUGGGUGCCUGCCAUGAAGGCGGCCAUGAAGCUCCUGACUGGACUCGACAUGGGACCCGCCAGAGCGCCGCUCCAGUCCCUCCCCGAUCAGCACAUCCCCACCCUCAACAAGGACCUGUCUGAUCUCAAACUGCUGUGAUAUGUAUUUCGAAAUAAGCGAUGUAGAGCAGCGGGAGCGUCAUUUUCAUUUUAAGUGUCAUAUUUCAUCGGAGUUGUACGACUAUCAUCAGACUGAAUGUGAAAUAACGAUCAAAUUACUAAAAGCGAUAGAUCACCAGUUAAUAAUGAAUAAUUAAAUACUUCAUACAUACAUA